ACUCAUGCUAUUCUACGCGAAAAAAUUUUCGAUUAAAGAGGAGGCUGGCGUGGGAAUGCGCGGAAACCAUCCCUACAUGCCACGAUAAUUUACAAGACAAAAAUUUACAUCAGAAAAGGAAUCAAAUUGUCGAGUUAAGCGAUAAAAUAUGAAAUUGCUAGAGACAUACAUUACAAUACAAAAUUCGCUGAAAAAUUCAUAUUCAUAUUUUGAAAACCCCUCUUGAUCAUGCGCUAAGUGUCCAUUCAACCUGCCCUUUUAAUCGCUCAACGCAACACCUUUCAGGUAGAGGUAGGUUCUUGGAAUUCAAUCUCGGCUUUCAAACGAAGUCUUGCUGAAAAAUAUUAAUUUACCAAAUUUGCAAAUUAAUAAAUAUUUGAGAACCAUUCGAUAAAGGAGUUACCGUUCAUUGCAAAACAGUUUUAAAGCUGGGAAACAUCGUUUGCGAAAGAACUUUUGAUUUCAAAGAUGUCUUCAGUCUACCUGCAGCUUGCUAUUUACGCCUCUAAGUAACAAAUUUCUUAUGGCUGACUAAACCCUCGUCGCGUUUCACAGGUAGCUUUUUGCGAUUCCUUUUUUUUUCAUUGGAAACCCUGCUUUUGUGAAAUAUAAAAGCUUCUUUCCCGCGGAGUCCUUUAUAACCAGGGUUUUUAUACAGAAGAUGGCAGCUGGGAUGCCGAAGGUAGUGAUGGUGACAGGAGGCAGUGGUCUUGUUGGUUAUGCUUUGCAGCAAAUAGUAAAGAAAGAAAACAGGACUGACGAGACAUGGGUGUUUCUUAGCUCAAAUGAUGGUGAUCUUACAAAGCAAGAUGAUGUACGAAAAAUAUUCGAAAGGCAUCAACCGACACACGUUAUUCACUUGGCGGCUAUGGUUGGAGGACUUUUCAAAAACAUGGCUAGAAACCUAGAUUUCUUCCGAGUGAACAGUCUUAUGAAUGAUAACGUGUUGAAUCUUUGUUUUGAAACCAAGGUACAAAAAUGCAUUUCCUGUUUAUCAACAUGUAUUUUCCCAGACGAAACAACAUUUCCCAUUUCUGAAAGCAUGGUACACGAUGGUCCACCCCACAAAUCUAACUUUGGAUAUUCUUACGCGAAAAGGAUGCUUGAUAUACAAAACAGGGCUUAUUUUGAGCAAUACGGAUGCCGCUUUACAAGUAUCAUUCCAUGCAAUAUAUUUGGUCCAAAUGACAAUUAUAACUUGGAAGACAGUCAUGUUAUUCCUGGAUUGAUACACAAGACAUAUUUAGCUAAAGAGUCUGGUAGUCCUCUUGUCGUAUGUGGAACUGGCAAACCAAGAAGGCAGUUUAUUUAUUCUCUGGAUCUGGCGCGCUUGAUUAUGCUAGUUUUGAGAGAGUAUGAAGAGAUUGAGCCAAUAAUACUAUCAAUGGAUGAAACCAACGAAAUAUCCAUACACGAAGUAGCAACUAUGAUUACGGAUGCGAUGGGGUUCAGCAAUGGAUUGCAGUUCAACACGUCAAGACCUGAUGGUCAAUAUAGAAAAACAGCAAGUAACUCAAAGUUACGAAAAUACUGGCCUCAUUUCGAGUUCACUCCAAUAGAUCAAGCAAUCAAAGAAUCGUGUGACUGGUUUGUUAGCAACUAUGCUGGAGCCAGAAAGUGAUAUUCAAUAGUACUUUAACUUUUCAAAUAUCUGAUAAUAAACAGUUAUGUUUUUGUAAAAAGUGCUUUCCUAUAUUAGUAGCUACCUUAUUAGGUAAACGAUCGUGUAUUUAUCGUAGCAUAAUAGGCACUGCGGAGCAGGAGGUUGGAGGGCUCUAGACCCCUGAUUUUUGCAAAAAGGCUAAAUAUUAAGCAAUGGACCACCAGUUAAGCCUCUUUUUAUUAAAUCUUAGCCCCCUCCCUACUUUUUGUAGAUCUCUCAUUUCCUUCAACCCUCCGCGGUGACUGUAUAAUAUAUACCUUUGUGGCAUUAUAACUUUAGAAUUUGAUUGCUAAAUUGAAUCUUUUCCCCAUUUGUAAAAUGUUGAUUUCGUUAUAACCUUUUGAACACAUUUGAAAUUUUGAAAUGAAUGAUGCAAAUCUUGGACAUCGUUCUUGUGCAUUAUGGUCAAGGCUGCCAUUGCUAGAUACAACUUAACCGCAACAGUUGGUACAAAUAUAUGUACUUUACUUGUGUUUAACACCACUUUAUGACGUUUAUAUAUUGUGGAAUAUCGGAAGAAGUAUUGUCGGUAGUCUAUACAAUCCUUUGCAGAGUGCCUCCUAGCCUGCGUUGCGUGCAGACUCUACUGUUUCAGUUUGACUCCACUGUUUCCUACUUCAUGUUGAGUUAAAUUAGUAAUUCAAAAGUUCCCACGUGCUCCUCCCCAUGUUUUUGCGGUUGCUUUUUCAGGAGGAGUAAGUGCCCUUUUUAGAUUUAACUUUUACUGUCAAACUGCGCUUUUUGCUAGAAUUUAUUAAUGUUGACCAUUACAAUAACUGGUCAUCCAAAGUACCCCCAAAGCUAUAAACGCUAUCUACGUUCCUUUAACUUUGCUAAUGGUAUUGAAAUUUUCCUUUUUAGUUGUAUCGCACUACAUUCUAUAUGAUAUUUACGUUAUAUUAUUCAAGCCAAAAAUUAUCUAUCACCUUGAAAAUAAUCUUGCUGACAACGAUCUUUCUGAAAAAGCACUCUAUUAUACUAUAUAGAUUUGUAGACGUAUUCCAGUCAGGACCGUAAUUCUGUCGUGUAAAUUUGAGAAAGGGAAAAAUAGAGUUAGCAGAGAAAAAUAAUAUAGAGUAUGCAGUAGGUCAUGGCACCACCAAGCAAUUUAUGAUAAGUGUUAUCGACACAGUUGGAAGGCAAACAACUUAAAAACAGUAAUCGCUGUUCUUUACCUAUAGAAGUUAUUUUCAGAUAAUCACUAGUACUUUUUAUGACUUCAUAAUUUGAUGUACAACAGAUUUUUAUUAAUAAUGAGUGACUUUAUAAGGGAUCUAC